AUGGCUGCCGAGAAGAUCGGAACAUUGGAAGACUAUCUCCGGUUCGUCGAUAGCCUUCUCAGAUGGGUCCCGAAAGUGUCAUCUGAACAAGAUGAGCUCUUGAGGAAGAUCCUCGUCUUCAAUUGGGUAUUCGAGCAGCCAAGUCUCAGGGAUCUGCAAACCCCCAUCAAACCCGAGAACUCCAAUGACGAUUUAACAUGGCUAUCGUACUGGCUUGUCACAUUUGCGCGGGAACAGGGAAAUUUCAUGAAUCGACCUGAAUCUAUGGGAUCUGUGUACUCCUUCCAUAUUAAUAGCAAAUACGACAAAGAGAAGAGUCUCUGGGCGGAGCCAGAGUCUGGAUGGCUAUCCUUCAAUCACUGGUUUGCCAGAGAGUGGAAGGAUAUUAACCAGGCUCGCCCGCUUGACAGAGAACGGGACUCAAAUAUCAUUGUCCAUGCCGCAGAUUCUUUGUAUGAUGGUAAUUGGGAUAUUGUUGAUGGUAUUGUCAAUAUACCAGAACCCUCCAUUCGUACUAAGGGAAUCAGGUACCCUAUCCAAAAAUUGCUUCAAACCGUCGACAGCGACGUGUACAAGAACGGCAGCUUCAUGCAUGCAUUUCUAGCGCCCAAUGACUACCACUGUCAACACGCUCCUGUUAGUGGAAAAGUGAUCAAAAUAAAAAAUAUCCAAGAUCAAGCUUAUCUUCAAGUCCGGAAGAAAAAGGGUCAAAAUGGCCUUACAUUGGACAGAGGGCUGAUCCGUGAUCCCGAUGAGAUUAAAAGACGCCAAGACCAAAGGAAACGUCAAAACCUAGGAGAUAUCGAUGCGCGGAUUAUGCGGGGUAUCAAUGGUGUCAAAUUCGCGGGCUCAUCGAGAUCGAGACACCAGAACAUGGGAGAGUCGCAGUCCUGCCUAUUGGAAUGGCUCAAGUUUCCUCCGUGGUUAUCACGGUAA